CGUAAACACUUUAUUCCUUUGGAGUCCAGUCCCAACGUUUUCACGAAGCUUAUACACGAGCUAAGUGGCAGUCGAGACCUGCAUGUCGAGGAUGUCCUUACCCUAGAGGCAUCAAUGCUCCCACCUGCAACAUUGGCGAUGAUUCUAGUUCUCCCUACGUCGGAGGCAUAUGAAUCGCGAAAGAAGGAGGAGGACGCCGCACUUGAAGAAUACCAAGGGUCGCCCGGCACUGGAGGGUUAACGUGGCUUAAACAAACGAUUAACAACGCGUGUGGUUUCUAUGCAGCUGCGCAUGUUCUAUGUAACGGCAAGGCCGCUGGUAUGAUCCGACGAGAUUCUGUUCUUGCGGGCGUGCUACGACUGUGUGAAAAUAAAGACCCCGCCCAGUCCGCACGCAUUGUGGAAGGGUCCGAGAAGAUUGAGGAUGCCUAUAAAGCGGCAUCGAAGCUAUGCGAGACUGCUGCUCCUAUCAGUGCAGAAGACGAGGUAGAUCAUCACUACAUCUGUUUCGUGGAAUUGAACGAUGGUCGUGUAUUCGAGCUCGAUGGCGACCGAAAGGCACCACUCGAA